AGUGCACAACGAACAGACUUCAUCUACGUUUAUUACUUUUGCCAGAAAAAAAACGUGAUGACGGAACGUAACACGACUGCGGUCGCUGUGCACAUCGUUGAAGACCACAAUGAUGCACUAUGCCACAUCUAUGCCGCCAUCGCCAAGAAACGCAUCCCGUUCUCGAAUAACUUUCUUAUUCAUUUCGAUUCACAUCCGGACUUACUACUUCCUGAAAACUUAGUGAAAUCUCAAGUUUAUGAUAAAAACGUUUUAUUCGAUCGUCUGAGCAUAGAAAACUGGAUAAUGCCUGCAGUGUUCGCUGGCCACGUUGACACCAUCCUGUGGAUCAAGCCUCCAUGGUCGAAUCAGAUUCCAAAUGGCGUUUAUCAUUUCAAAAUUGGACUCGAGUCAUCAUCUGGUCAUGUGAAGGUCUCAUGCCCUGAACUAUAUUUCAUUAGUGAGAUGUUAUACUGUGAUGAAGAGGACCUAGAAGAAAUCCGAAACGUGACGUUGCACGUGGCAACACUCGGCGACACCAUGAAGAAUGCACUGCUGGCAGACAUUGAGUCGUCUGCAGGAACGACUCGACCGAACAACGACGAUGAUUCAGGCGUCGCAUCAACUGUAGAUUUAGCAGAAAAAAUCAUUAGGGAACACAAUGAUCGUUUUAUUCUUGACAUAGAUCUCGACUUCUUUUCAACUUUGAACCCGUUCCUGAGCACCUACAAGAGUGUUGAUCUGUACCAGAGGCUAAAAAGUAUUUAUCAAUUCAAGUUGAAAGAAGGUGAGACGCCAAAUGAUAGUCAGGCUAGACGGAAGCUGCAAAUGGAGCCAUUGUCACAACUCUUCAAAGCUCUCCAAGAUAUAAAGAAUCCGGAUAUUAUAAUGGAAAGACUUCCGUCUAUGAUGGAGUCAAUAACCAACUCUAACAAUCGAGAACAAUUACGUCUUCUCAUCGUAGACCUGCUGGAGAAAGAAGACUUGACUGAACUUGACUGGACAUUGGUUCACGAUGCUGGGUGCACAUGGGACAGUCCUAAGCAGGUUUUGCCUCACCACGAAUCUACUGAAGAAGAAAUCAAAAGUCUUAUGAGGGAAGUCAACUGUUUUCUCAGCGGGAUCGCCUCGCCUUCCUUAGUUACUAUCGCCAGGUCUAGUUUAGAUGAUUACUGCCCGCCCCAUCAAGUAGGCAUGAUUCAAGAGAUGAUGUGUUCUACUUUGAAAACUUUGUUGAAAACUCCAAAUAUUUUCCAACAUUAUUGAUACAAGGUAUCCAACAA